ACGUGUGAUCAAAUAUGUCUUUGAAAACUUUUUAAUUUUUGAUAAAUAAUUUGCUUAAAUUUACCUUUAAUUUUAUUUCAGCUUAAUCAGAAGCCACAUUGGAUCAUACAAAGUCAUUUAGAUCUCCUUAGGACGGAUUUUUGCGGACGCAGUACGAUAGUACUGUACGACUUGGAAUCGCCCAAUUGACAAACGAAUUUGGACAUGGCUUCAACCUCAGAGAAGGUCCGCCCUGUCGAAGAUUUGGCCUAUGAGCCACAAGAGAAUAAAGAUGUGUUAAGCUACACUGAAGUAUUUCCCGAACUUCCUCAUGCCCAUCCCGUGGAAGGAACCCAAUGGCCAGCCAAGACCCCAGCAGCAUGGAAAACCAACGUGAGACCAUCCAAGUGUACUCAGGUGUUUACUGUUCCCUUAGAGGAACGUAGAUUCAAGGAAAUGAAUGAACAUAGCUUUGGUGAUGAAGGACAAACAGAACAGGCAAAAAUCUGCAAGGAUAUAAUGGCUAGGCAUGAUGUUUCCAUUGAGAUCAGUUUAUCUAAGGACCAGAGUUUGACAGUGGUCAUUACUGGAAGGGAACAAUCUGUAUUGAAAGCUAGGAGAGAGGUUCUUGGCAAACUUCAAACCCAGGCAAGUGACACUGUGAAAAUCCCCAGAGAAUACCAUCGUUUCAUUCUUGGAAAAAAUGGCAAGAAACUUCAACAACUGGAAAACGAGACAGCAACCAAGAUAACCAUUCCAAGGGCUGAUGAAAAAGUGGAUGGAAUUAAGAUAGUUGGACCGAAAGAAGGCAUAGAGAGAGCUAGACAUGAAAUUCAAAUCAUCGCAGACGAACAGGCCAAGCUAGCAUUUGAGAGACUUCAGAUCCCCCACAUUUAUCACCCAUUUAUCUGUGGACCAAACAACACCCUGGUGGACAAGCUUAAGGAAGACACAGGUGCUAAAAUACACAUUCCUCCCUCAGUCCUUAAUAAAGAUGAGAUUGUUGUUUCUGGUGAUAAAGACGGUGUAAUGCGUGCCAAGGAAACCAUCAUGAAAAUCUACCAGGAAAAGAAAAGGAAAUGCCAGACAGUAUCGGUAGAAGUGAGAAAGUCGCAGCACAAGUACAUUAUUGGACCCAAGGGAAGUGGAAUUCAGGAAAUCUUACAAGCUACUGGUGUCUCUGUAGAAGUGCCCACCCAGGACAGUGUAGAAACCAUCACCCUCAGAGGCGAACAGGACAAACUCGGACCGGCUCUUACCAUGGUUUACUCUAAAGCAAACAGUGUAGUUUUUGCGGAGGUGGAUGCACCAGCUUGGCUGCACCGUUAUGUGAUCGGAAAACAAGGUGCUAACGUCAAGAAAAUAACUCAGGACUUCCCCAAGGUGCACAUAGAAUUCACAGAGGGUCAGAACAAGAUUCAGAUUGAGGGGCCACCAGAGGAGGUGGAUGAUGCUGUGAAGGCCCUCGAGGCCAUUGUCAGGGACCUGAAAAAGAGAAUGGACUUUACGGAAGUGAACAUUGAUCAGAAAUUCCAUAAACACAUCAUCGGCAAAAAUGGACAGAAUAUUACCAGAAUUAAGAACGACACUGGAUGUGCUAUCAAGAUUCCAUCAGAUGCUGAGAAUAGUAACAUCAUCAGAAUAGAGGGAGAUCCUAAGGGGGUAGCCCAAGCUAAACAGGAACUUAUGGAAAUGGCCAAGAGAAUGGAAAAUGAAAAAACCAGAGAUAUCAUUAUUGAACAACGGUUCCACAGGACAAUUAUUGGAGCAAAGGGUGAAAAGAUCCGGGAAAUAAAGGACAAAUUUAACCAAGUUCAAGUCACUUUCCCAGACCCCGGAAAGAAGAGUGACAUAGUUACCCUGAGAGGUCCUAAGAAUGAUGUGGACAAGUGUUAUAAACACCUACAGAAUCUCCAGCAGGAACUGGUCCAGAGCAGCUUCCAAGCACAGGUUCACAUCUUCAAAGAUUUCCACAAGAAUAUUAUUGGUAAAGGAGGGGCCACAAUCAGAAAGAUUCGAGAGGAAACUGAUACCAAGAUAGAUUUACCUAGUGAGAACAGUGACUCUGAUGUCAUUGUCAUUACUGGCAAGAAAGCCAAUGUGGAACAGGCCAAAGCCAAGAUAGAGGCCAUUCAGAAAGAAUUGGCUAACAUCAAGGAAAUUACAGUUGACAUCCCUCACAAAUUCCACAACUCCAUCAUUGGAUCCAAAGGUAAACUGAUUCGCUCCAUCAUGGAGGAAAAUGGAGGAGUUAUCAUCCGCUUUCCACAGGAAGGUUCCACACAGGACAAGGUGACAAUCAGGGGACCCAAGAGUGAUGUGGAGAAUGCCAAGGCUCAACUGCUGGAAAUAGCUAAUGAAAAGCAAACCUCAGGAUUCACUGCGGAAGUGAAAGCAAAACCAGAGUACCACAGAUUUCUGAUCGGGAAGAAUGGCAGCAGCAUCAGGAAGGUCCGUGAAAAGACAGGUGCCAGGGUGAUUUUCCCAUCAUCUGAUGACACAGACCAAGAAACCAUCACCAUCAUUGGUAAAAAGGAGUCAGUGGAUGAGGCUAAGAAAGAAUUAGAGGGUCUCAUCAAGAAUCUGGACAAUGUUGUGGAAGGAGAGAUGCAGGUAGACCCCAAACACCACCGAUACUUUGUGGCUCGCAGGGGAGAGGUCCUCAAGCACAUUGCUGAUGAGUUUGGUGGAGUAACAGUUAGCUUUCCUCGCAGUGGGGUCAAAAGUGACAGAGUUGUUAUCAAAGGUUCUAAGGAUUGUGUUGAAGGAGCUAAAAAGAGAAUCCAGGAAAUUGUGAAUGACUUGGAUUCCCAGGUGACUGUGGAGUGUGUGAUUCCCCAGACCUACCACAGGACUGUCAUGGGAACCAGAGGGGCCCAUGUCCAGGAUAUCUGUAAAACCUAUGAUGUCGGCAUCAAGUUCCCUGACAGACCCAUGCCUAAUGGAGAUAACCACAGUAAUGGUAUGACAAAUGGUGAAGUAGAUGAAACAUCUCCAAAAGAUCCAAAGAAAUGUGACACCAUCAUCCUUACUGGCAAACAAGAGAACUGUGACAAAGCCAAGGAGGCUCUGCUGGCAUUGGUUCCCAUCACUGAGGAAACAUCGGUACCGUAUGACUUCCAUCGCCGAAUCAUUGGACAACAGGGGAAGGAGGUCAGGUCUAUGAUGAAGCAGUUUGAUGUGAACAUCUCUAUUCCUCCACCAGAGGAUCACAGCGACAAAGUUAAGGUGACAGGACCCCCAACCAAUGUCAAAAACGCCAUCGAAGCUUUGCAAAAGAAAUGUGAACAGCUGGAACAAGAAAAAGAGGAAAAGAUUCUGAAGGGAUUCACAAUGACUGUCCCAGUGGACUCUCAGUAUCACUCCAAGAUCAUUGGACGUCGAGGGGAGAGGGUGAAGAAGAUCCGAGAAGAUCACGAUGUCAUCAUCCAGUUUCCACGGGAACAGGACGAGGAGCAGAACAGUAUCACCAUUACAGGAUACGAGAAAGAUGUGGAGGCAGCCAAGGAAACCAUUCUCAACAUCGUCAGAGAAUAUGAAGAGAUGGUGACAGUGGAGUGCAAUGUUGACCAUCGUGUUCAUCCCAGAAUUAUUGGUCUCCGUGGACGUAAUAUCAGAAAAAUAAUGGACAGUUUCAAGGUGGAUGUUCGCUUCCCACGACCUUCAGAUGACAACCCUGACCUAAUUCUGAUCUCUGGAGAUGAAGAUAAUUGUCUGGAAUGUCGCGAUGAACUGCUUAAUCUGGAGGAAGAAUACUUGCAAGAUGUGAUUGACAAACAGAUGUUGGAGGAAAUGACAAGACCACCUAAAUAUCAUGAGGAAGAAAAACGAGCCUCCAACAAAUCCGCCGGAUUCGUAGUAGCAGGUGCCCCUUGGGAUAAGCCCCCUGACACAUCCAGCACCGAGGACUUCCCCUCCAUGGGGGCUAGCACUGUGGCCCCUAAGGUCAACACUGCCUGGGGUUCCAACCGCUUCGGCAAGCGCUGAGGACUGCACUGUUUGCUUUGCAAUGUUUCAGUUAUUAAACAUAUCCUCUGUUAAGAAUGCAAAUAAGUUAGGUGAUAUUUCAAGUGAUUAUUUUUCCUGAUAGUUUUAGUUUCCAUUUGUGUUUUGGAAACAAUUAUGAAUGUGAUUUUGUUUUUGUCUGCAUUUUACACAAACAGCGACUGUUAAUUUUACCUCAUUUCUACACACCAACUGUUUUUCAUGGCUGGUACAUUUCUUUCAAGUAUUUGUGCUGUUGUUUUAAAGAAAUAAUGGAGCAAUUGAAACUCCACAUCAAAUUAUCUUUUAAGUAGUGCUAUCUCCAAAAGAGGCAUUAUAUUGUUUUGUUAUUUGAUUGAUAUGACGCAAAAAGAAUGGCUGUUACUGUAAUUUAUUAAUUUCUUAUGGCAUUAACGCUACUAGUAUCUUUGUUGGACAUCACAAAAAAGUCUUCUAGCAGCCCGUACCUGUUGUGAAAUAAGGUUGUUGGGUAGGGCUGACUCCUGAUUAGUUAAUUCUUAUGUCUCUCUGUAAAUAUCAUUAUUAAUAUAUAUAAUAUACUUAUGCAUAUUGAGUUAUGAUUAAGGAAUUUUUUUCUUUGAUGUGCAUGAUUGUAGUGUGAGAGGGAGUUUUGUACAUCAUUUCAUCCAUGUUUCAGUAGUUGACACAGAUAUGCUUGGUUCAGGGCCUGCUCAACUCAUCCUUAAUUUUUCCAUGAAAAAAAAAAGCUGUCAUCUCGUCAUUUCUUUGCACAUAAGGCCAGAGAAUGGCCAAUACAACCAAGUCAGCUAGUCAAAAGGCACUGCACCAGCAAACCUAAGUAGAUGUGUGGAGGGUAAAGGGCCUUGUACAGAGAUGGAAGGCCUGCUGGUGCAGUGAUUUUGCAGGAUAUCAAAACUUUGCAUUUUUCCUGCCAUUAUUACUGGAGUAUUAGGUUUCAAAGAAUUAGUGUUUUGUAUAUAUUAUGUAAAGAGUAUUUUUAUUAAACAUUUGCUAUGGUUAUGAAAAUUAAUUAUAUUCAUAAACAGGUGUAUAUACCAUUGAUAUAUAAAUAUAUCGUUAAUAAUUUUCACAAUGUUUUUAUUUUGUUGAUGCAUGAAUUAAAAAAAACCUUAUAAUAUUGAACUGAGUAGUGACUAUUAAGAGCUAUUUUUGGAUGUGUACUGGAUGUAUACACUGAUUUAUAUGUGGAGAGGUGCGCUUUAAUGGCAUCUUGUGUUCUUUACAGGGACUUACUGUACUUGUAUGUUGACCAAACUUUACAUUGAAUCAUUUGAAAUAAACGAUCAAGUGAUA